GGCGGGCAGUGGUGGGCGACUGGUGGCGGGCAGUGGUGGUGGCUGAUCGGUGGCGGUCAGUGGUGCGUGGGUGACCGGUAACCGAGACAUGGCGGAGUCGCGCCUACUGCCGCUGCUGGCCGCCGCCGCCCUGCUCGGCGCCGCCCUGCUCCUGACCUGGCGACGUCGGCGUCGCCCCGGCGCCGCCGCCACCUGGACGCCGGCCGGCCGGCUCGCCGCCAUCCACCUGUACCCGCUGAAGUCGGGGGCCGGCCAGCGCUGCCAGCGGGUCCGGGUGACGCGUCUUGGCGUGCGACGGGGCGCCGUCCUCGACCGCUGCCUGGCUGUCGUCUACCAGGGCCGGGUGGUGUCUGCCAGCGCGCGCCGUCGCCUAGUGCUCGUCGCCGCCGACGUGGACGCAAACGGCGUCACUCUGACCGCACCCGGGAUGCCGCCGCUGACCGUGCCGUUUCCGCAGGACGGCGACGACGUCAGCAUGGUUAGCGGCACUCUCUUCGGCUACCCGAGCUCGGGCGUGGACCUGGGCCCGGUCGUCAGCCGCUGGCUGGCUGAGUUCUUCGGAGACGCUGGAGUCUACACGCUGAUGUACUUCCUGCCGGGAGUAGUGACGCCGCGAAGAACCGUGGACAUCCCGAAGCCGUACGCGAGUCUAGCAUCGCCGGAUGAUAUCUCCGCAUUCACCAACGUCACGCCCAUCUCCGUCAUCUGCACGUCCUCGCUGGACGCGCUCAACUCACGCAUGGAGACGCCAGUCUUUCUCGAAAACUUCCGCCACAACCUAAUCAUCGAAGGUGCACCUGCGUUCGACGACGACAACUGGAGCUUCGUCAAGAUCGGCGACGCGGUGCUGCGCAGGAUCAAGCCCGUCCAGCGGUGCCCCACCACCUGCGUGAACCCGCAGACCGGCGAGCGCAGCGAGAGGAUGGAGCCGCUGAAGACCCUGAGGACGUUCCGGCUGGCCAAGACGGAGGACGAGAAGAAGCUGUACAAGGAGGCACCGCUGUUCGGUACCGGUUUAGGCGUGGACGUGGAGGGGGACGUGGCUGUGGGUGAUGCGAUAUACGUACUUCGGAAGUGAGAACAUCGAUAGGCAUGGCGGUGCAGCGCUCUUGGGCCUUGAGCAAUAGCCAGCCGUUACUACGACACAGCAUAUCCAACUAAAAAUUAAACUGCGCGAAAAAUACAUGUAUAUGGAAACAAACUUAAGUGAAAAUGCAUAGAACAAUAUGCAUCAUUCAAACCUAGAAGCGAUUCCAAGUAAACGGGCGUCAUGCAUAUAUGUAGAAUUAUAAGAAUAGAUUCUUAAAGGAAAACGGCGACCAGAUCUUAGAGUGCGGGGCUCAACAUGGCCGAUUAUGCUAAAGUGACUAGUGCCUUGAUAUGUGAUGCGUGCUAACUUAAAACGAAAAAAAAAUUGUUCACAUGUGUGAACAACGCCUGUUGUGUGAAGCACGAUGCAUGCUUAAAUGAAAUUGUGUACAUGUUAAAGUGUUGCGUGAUGCAUGAUGCUUGUUUAAUUGAAAUCACUUUCGUGCAUGCAUGGUGCGUGAUGCGUUAUGCCUUUCUACUUGAAUUCGUUUGCAUGUACACGUCCUUUCGCGUAUUUCAAUUCUUAGUUGGAUGUACACUGUAUCAUAGUAAUGGUUGGCAAGCAUUUCUUGUUCGAUCCCCUGAAUGUUGGUAAGUUGUAAAAACCGUGGCUCGCUGUUUGAAAAGGAAAAUAAAGUAGGUUAAGCAGGCAAUGUUCAAUUUACCACUGAUAUUCGCCUUGAAAAGGGCAUGCAGCAGAAACACCAAUGCAUUUAUCUCUUCAAUAUCCUGCUUAUCCUGCGAGGAACGAGGCUGUUAGUAUCGUCUUCUGUAUAUGUAUGAUCUUCCUCGCGAAGGCCCUUAAAGGGAAUGGUUCCCCAUUUGAAGACAUAGGGGCAUGCGUGAGAUAUGAUGAAACAAGCUCACCUAUGACUAUUGGUAUAAUUGCUAAGUGAAAAAGACUGCUCUAGAUAGCGGAAUCCUUGGUUUAAUAAGCUUGCUCUUCGGUGGGUUAUCCUCUGAUUACGUCUUCGUACCUUACACGUUGAUUGAGGGCCAAUUGACGGCCGUUAUAUCUGGAAAUCGCGCUCAAGAACGCCAAAUAUGAGCAU